AUGACAACGAACGUCUCUUCCACAGGAUACCGCGAGAGUGCGUUCGCGUACGCGAUCGCCUCCGCCGGAGUGACGCACAGUGUGGCCCGAGCUUGCGCCCAAGGUCGCCUGAUCAGCUGCGGCUGCGAUCCGGCCGUCAACCGGAAGGGCAUGUCCAAGUCGCUGCGGGAAAGCCUGGAGAAGGAAAAGCUGCGCUUUCUGGACGCCAUCAACGAGAACUCGAUCCUGGUGGACGACAGCCUGAAGAAGCUGAAGACGAAACAGGCCAGCCGGUGGAAGUGGGGCGGCUGUUCGCACAACAUGGCCUUCGGGGUGGAGUUCUCCGAGCUGUUCCUGGACACGCGGGAAAAGGGCGGUGACAUCCAGUCGCAGAUCAACCUGCACAAUAACCAUGCCGGGCGGAGGGCCGUGUCCAACAACAUGCAAGUUCGCUGCAAGUGCCACGGAAUGUCCGGCAGCUGCCAGCUGAAGACGUGCUGGAAGUCGGCACCGGACUUCCGGGUGGUCGGCAAGGUGCUGAAGCAGCAGUACCGAAGGGCGGUCCUCGUCGAUCAGUCCAACCUGGGCAACGGUCCGCCGAUGAUCGUGUACCACAAACCAAAGAAACGGAAGCACGUCAAAAAUGCACGUCCGCCCAGGCGAACCAAGCAUCAGGGCUUGUCGGGGUCGUCGUCCGGUGGGGAGAGUAAAGGCGGCAGUAACCGCGGCGGUGACAGCAAGCGGGACAAGCAGCUCAUGAUGGGACAGCAGUCGCUGGUGGUGCCGAUGGGAGGUCGCGCCGGCAACAAGCGGAUGGAGAACGCACUGUUCUACUACCAAAGAUCGCCCAACUUUUGCGAGCGGGACCAGGUGUCGGAUAUACCGGGAACCGUUGGGCGUCGCUGCAACCGCACCAGCACCGGCAGCGAGGGUUGCGCCUCGAUGUGCUGCGGCCGGGGCUACAACCUGGUCCGGGAGAAGCGCGUCGACCGGUGCAACUGCAAAUUCCACUGGUGCUGCUACGUCGAGUGCGACGACUGCGAGGUCGAGGAGUGGAUCAGCGUGUGCAACUAGAAGGACCUUAAGAAAAAGACGACGCUUAUCGCAAGCUACGGUUACGAAAUUCAGCUUCUCUUAGGCAAAAUGGCAAAACUCUUAGGCUGAGAUAAAGAAAAAAAUAUUUAAUUGCAACCGCGUGCUUGGAAUGCUCAAGUCCUUACUUGCCCCUAGCCAAGGCAGAAAAAGAAGUGAUUGUAUACGAGAGGUGCAUGUUAGAAACCCCUUCUUAAGCGUUCAAGUGACAUUAAUUAGUGUUUGGAUAAAAUAUCUCACAACAAACAUCCAUAUUGGCCAACAAACCAACGGCGUGUGUUCUAUCGCAGCAGUAUUACUUAAAUAAUAUAACAUUGAUAGAGUAUUUGUGGGGAUCGAGUUCGAAUUCACCGACCGACUACUAAUCGUGUAGCUAAUCGUAAUUGCUGUACAUUUAUUAGCGAACGAAGAAAAACUCCAAUCGCGGACCCCCUCGACCCUCCCCGUGACUUAAGUUAAUUAGUUUUAUUAGUUUUUAUUUAUUUGUUCUGCCCGCGUACCUGUAAAUAUACAAAAAAGAAGAAGAAGAAACGUUUUUGCGAUUAGUUUUUAAGUGAGACCAACCAAGCUGAUCACUGUCAUCAUCGAUGGUUAUGAUGACAAAUUGAUCGUUUCUAACCUGCUGUACAUGCUGAGUUAUACGCACACACACUUACACAAAACGAUAACUAAUAAUUUAAUAAAUUACCAUAAAUUAUAAUUGGUUGUCGCAUGGGGUGCGCAAGAACGUGUGCUCUCUAUCGUUGGAGGGGAAGUUAUUGAGAGCGCAGAUUACAAAAUGAUUCAUGUAGUGAUUGAAUAAAUUAAUGACGAGUUGUG